UCACACUGCAGCCUGACCCCGCAGCCUGUGCCUGAGAAGCCAUGGCAUCAAGUGAGGACGAGGGCUCCGUGGAGGAGAAGGACAACACCAGGAAAAAACCCAUCGGAGCUGUGGCGACGGCAUGGCUCACCUUUUACAACAUUGCCAUGACUGCGGGGUGGUUGGUUCUUGCGAUCGCUAUGUGUCGCUGCUACAUGGGGAAGAGAACACACAAAGGGCUAUACAAGAGUAUUCAGAAGACACUUAAGUUUUUCCAGACGUUCGCUUUACUUGAGUUGGUUCAUUGCGCACUUGGAAUAGUGCGUACUUCGGUGCUAGUAACUGGGGUCCAAGUCAGUUCCAGAAUCUUCAUGGUCUGGUUUAUAACCAACAGCAUUAAACAGAUCCAGAAUGAAGAGAGCGUCCUUCUCUUCCUGGUGGUGUGGACUGUGACCGAGAUCACUCGAUAUUCCUACUACACGUUUAAUCUUCUCAAUCACUUGCCGUACUUCAUUAAAUGGGCCAGGUAUAAUUUAUUUAUUGUAUUGUAUCCCCUCGGCGUAGCGGGUGAACUCUUAACAAUUUAUGCUGCUUUACCGUAUGUGCGGAAGACGGGGAUGUACUCACUGAGGCUUCCGAACAAAUACAACGUGUCCUUCGACUACUACUACUUUCUCAUCGCUGUCAUGUGUUUCUAUGUACCACUGUUUCCCCAGCUAUAUUUUCAUAUGCUUCGUCAAAGAAGAAAAGUUCUGCACGGAGAAGUCUUUGUUGAAAAGGAUGAUUAACCCCAAAGAGCACAAUCUAUAGGACUCUCUUCAUACAACCAGCCUUGACCUCCAGAGUCAAAAUGCAGCAAAGGGCCUAUUGGUUUAAUAUCCUGGAUAACCUCAAACGACUUAACGCCUUCUGAUCCUACGUUCUGGCCUGUACCCUUCUUUUUUAUAGGUUGAAAUCAAGACCGACACUGACUCAUGCUCCCUUAAGUAUACAUGGUGCAUUGUGAUCUUUUUAUAGAAAGAAAACACAAAAGUGAAGCAACAACGAUUUGAAGCGCACUCUUUAUUUUUGUACUGUAUAUCUGUAUUGACCACAUGUCGGCAAAUAUAUAUGUCCUUCAACAGA